GAAGAGUCCGCGCCGGCGGGCGCGCGAAGCAAAAGCGGCCGCCCGUUUCGCCCGACCGAGCGCUCCUUAUGAGAGGAGGGGGGGCGAAAAAGGGACGACGACGACGACGCUGAGGAGAUUCCGGACGGAUUCCUGAGCCCUUUACAUUUCUUUUUAAAUUAUUCUGGUUGUUGUUGUUGUUUUUUUAAAAAAUUAUUUAUUUAUUUAUUUAUUUGUUGUUGUUGCCCCGCAUGGGAUUAUAGCGGCGACAACAACAGUGGCGGCGGCGGCCCCAUGUUUUCUCCCAGCCAGGAGGAGCACUGCGCGCCCAACAAGGAGCCCGUCAAAUAUGGGGAGCUCGUGGUACUGGGGUACAAUGGCUCCCUCCCUAAUGGUGAUCGGGGGCGUAGGAAAAGCAGGUUUGCUCUCUAUAAGAGACCCAAAGCAAAUGGUGUCAAACCCAGCACGGUUCAUGUGAUUUCAACACCUCAAGCAUCCAAGGCCAUCAGCUGUAAAGGGCAGCACAGUAUCUCCUACACACUGUCAAGAAACCAGACGGUUGUAGUGGAAUAUACCCAUGAUAAAGAUACAGAUAUGUUUCAGGUUGGCAGAUCGACAGAGAGUCCCAUAGAUUUUGUUGUAACGGAUACAAUUUCUGGCAGCCAAAACAGCGAUGAAACUCAGAUCACCCAAAGCACUAUCUCGAGGUUUGCCUGCCGCAUUGUUUGUGAUAGGAAUGCACCAUAUACAGCCAGAAUCUUUGCAGCAGGAUUCGAUUCUUCUAAAAACAUAUUCCUUGGGGAAAAAGCAGCAAAGUGGAAGAAUCCUGAUGGACACAUGGAUGGAUUAACAACUAAUGGCGUUCUAGUCAUGCAUCCUAAAGGAGGGUUCACUGAAGAAUCUAAACCUGGAGUCUGGCGGGAAAUUUCAGUCUGUGGUGACGUGUAUACCCUACGUGAAACAAGAUCUGCUCAGCAAAGAGGCAAGCUAGUAGAAAAUGAAACCAACGUCCUCCAAGAUGGUUCCCUCAUCGAUCUUUGCGGAGCCACCCUCCUGUGGAGAACGGCAGAUGGCUUAUUCCACACACCGACUCAGAAACACAUUGAGGCUCUACGGCAAGAGAUCAAUGCUGCGAGGCCUCAGUGCCCCGUGGGGCUGAACACGCUGGCCUUCCCCAGCAUCAACCGCAAGGAAGUGGUCGAAGAGAAACAGCCAUGGGCUUACCUCAGCUGCGGCCAUGUUCAUGGCUAUCACAACUGGGGACAUCGCAGCGACACGGAAGCCAACGAGCGUGAGUGCCCCAUGUGCAGAACCGUUGGUCCCUACGUGCCUCUCUGGCUUGGGUGCGAGGCAGGCUUUUAUGUUGAUGCUGGCCCGCCCACGUAUGCUUUCACUCCUUGCGGGCACGUGUGCUCCGAGAAGUCUGCCAAAUACUGGUCUCAAAUCCCAUUGCCACACGGGACUCACGCGUUCCAUGCGGCCUGCCCUUUCUGCGCUACCCAGCUGACUGGAGACCAGAACUGCGUCAAACUUAUUUUUCAGGGUCCAAUUGACUGAUGAUGGCCUUUUACAGACGACCACAAUAAAGCUCACUUUGUUAACAAUUUACUGUGAAGAUAAAGAAUUUGCCACUAACUCUAGAUUUUACCUUUUUAUAGGAUUGUUAUUAAUCAGGGCUUUUUGGGGAGGGGGUAGCAGCUGAGAGUAUUGUGGGGUGUGAAGGUACAUUGAUACCUGGAACCAAACCGUGAUCAGUGGCAUUGCAUGCUUAACAGCAGCAUGUUCAUGAUGACAUCUUCUUGGUCAAAUUGUAGUAUAUUUGUAAUAUUUGUAAGAUCAGAAGAAAAAAUACCAAUGUCUUAAUGAUUUUUUUAAUCUUGGAUUUUUUAACAGAAAUGCUUUUCUUCUAAACUUUGACAAGCCUUUAAAACACAUAUUUUUUCAACCUAAAAGGAGCAUACAGAAUGUAAUUCGUCUGUCCUGUCUCUUUCUCUCUCUCUCUCUCGCUUUUUAAUUUGCAAUAUAAUUAACUUGAAUAGUUCAUUCUCAAGGCGGAUGUACCGAAUGUGUGGGCAUACCUAGGUGAAUGUUCACUAGAUACAUGCAUUAACCAAGCCGUGAACACAAACAGCUGGUUUCAUGAACCAUAGCACAAAGCAUGAUGGGAUUCUUCAGUAUGGUCUAAUGCAACUGUCCAAAAAAAGACGCAAUUACUUGAAAUUUGGGGAUCACGGUCUGCAGGCCACUUCCCAUUAUAUGUCUUUUUUUUUUGACAGAAGUUCCUGUGUUUAACAAUGCCUGUAAAAUAUAAUGUGGGAAGACUUAAAUUACGGGUUGUUUGUUCCAGCCAAUUUGUAGGACACGUUCUUGGUGUGCAAAAAAGAUCGUUUCAGAGUUUGGUUCUGAGUCAACUCAACUAUCUGGCAAACACUGUACUACCAUUCUGGCCUGUGUUUUGCUGACCUCACCCAACACAGAAUUGUCCUGUAAGGCUCAGCAUUGGGCCAAUUUCUAACUAACUCUGGGGCCCAUCAUCCACUGCCAUCGUGGCAUAGAGUUAGCCACUUUUCUCAGGCUUCAUCCCAAGCCAUCAUUGUAUGUUUGAAUGGCCCUGCCAGGUGUUUCUGGUCUGUUACACAUGUCCUUCCCAACUAGGCUGGCCCUGCCAACAUGGCUCCAUCCUUUUCAGUUGUUACCCAGCACGAUGGGUUGAAGCCAUGGAAAAGUAGUUCCUUCGCCAAUGUGGUGACAUAGAAAUGGGCCCUUUGUGAUGCAUGAAAGUACCUUUUAUGAAAACCCAGUGAUGGUAAGGCACAAUAUAUAAUCAGCUCUUUUCAGUUUUGCAUCUGGAUGUAUUUCUUUGAGUUUUUUAAUACACAUAUCCAGUAAUUUUUGUCAUUUUGACAGUUUUCUGUUUAUUUCUAAUUCUGCCUUGUGGCUUUCUUUCCACUUGGUAUAGCUUGCCCUUGCAUGCCUUGGACCUGUGGGCAAACUGAAAUGUAGCAACUUCUUAUAAAUCCAGUUAUUUAAGUGGCUUCACUUGUCACGCAAGUGAGAAGGUUUUCUCUUGUUUUUGCAGAACAUACAUGUGCUGCUGGCCUUGGGCAGAAUCCAACAGAGCACUUACUUUCCCCACCCUUCGCCCUGGUUCUUUUCCACCCCCACCAAUUCCCUUGUGCAAGCAAGACCCAUCGCUUACUCAAGGGAGAUUUAGUGCUUCCUAAGACCAUAAACACUCAUUUCUGGAAAGAGGCAGGUCAAUGGAUCUCCUUUAUUCAUGCUCCCCUGACUUGCCUCCUUCCAGAAAUGAGCAUUUGCUUCCUAAGACCAUAAACACUCAUUUCUGGAAAGAGGCAAGUCAAUGGACCUCAUUUCUGCUCAUUUUGGGUUGCAAACUUGAUGGUUGUGCAAGAUGUGGGGGCAGGAGAGAAUUGGUGGGGGUGAAAGCUCCUUGCUGGAUUCAGCCACUUGAUCUGAUAGUCAGUUUGGGGCACUCUUGAGUCUUAACCAUCUGCAGAAGGAUUCGUAGUGAUUCAUGUGUUUGGUAGCUAUUUUGAAAUCAAUAAUUAAAAAUAAGCUGUUUUGUUAAAUUUGCUUCUAUGAUGCUACCCUUAAUGUGCAAACAUCAUUUAAUAGUUAUAGUACUGUUGGUUUGUUGACUUUUCAAUUUGCCAUCUGUCCUUUUUCUCUCUCUUACAAUCUGAAUAGUGUCAAUUAUUAAAGUGUUGUUUUUUUUAUUUCGCAAUUGAAAGAAACACCAAAUGUCACAUUUAAAUAUCCAGGAUUAAUUCAUGCCCUAGGUGACUUGAAACUCUUGAUUUGUAGUGGGUGUGGAUCAGAAAGAAGGCAAAUAACUGCUCACUCUGAAAAUUAGUAGCUGAGAUUUCAAGUGUACUUUGCCCUCUCUACCAUGUUGGCAUUUCCAUUCGUGUUUGGAUAAUUUUUAUGCUUUUUCUGUACUCACGGUAUCGGAAGCAUUCGUUUUUCCAUGUUAGCAUGAAAAAGGCACCCCCCACACACACACCCUGGAGAAGCUCAUUGCACAUCUGAAGUGAACCUGGCAGUUUGGAUCACUUUUCUGUUAAAUUCACAGCAAUCCCUUGCGAUAUUUGUGUCCUUUGUAUAAAUAUAUAAUUUAUAUGAUUUUAAUAUAUUGUGUAUAUACUUGAAUUGGCCUGUUCAUAUUUUGGAUGUAAUAUUGUUUUAUAGUUAACCUUUUAAACAUUUUCAGUGUCCAUUGCCCACUGGCUGAUGGGACAUGUUGUUUUUAAUCUGCUGUUUAAUACAAUGUUGCUGUAUAAAAUGGUUUGACAUUUUUAAGUUGAAACACCACUUUGUUUUGUUCGGAAAGGUUUCACUCACUCUGCAGCAUUUUCUCUCAAACCCCAUAUUCGGUAGCUUGCCUACUCUGCUCAGUAGGUUGGGAAAUAGGGCCAAUUGUUUUCAAAACACUUUGUCCUGGUGCCUUUAAAAGAAACUGCUCCUUGCCUUUGAUUCCGCAAGAAAAACAUGUAGCUCUAGUUCCAAUAGCCCUGAUUUCCAUAGCUUGAAAGAUCCACAACAGUAUAGGUGCCUCAGGCCCCUUUUAAUUCUGCAGUCAAUUCUCCAGGCUCUGUUAUCUACAGGCCACCUGCUGACUGGCAAAAUGCCAUAAAAUCAAAGUUUUAAAACUGCUUUGCUUGCCAACUUCAAGGGCACAAAACUGCACCAGAAAUGACUUAGGCCCUGCCUAAGCAUUAAAUAUUCCCACAAUUAGAUUUUCUUCCAUAUGCAAUUAUAUACCUUAGAGAUACCACCACCACCACCACCACCAAAAGUGUUAAUACUAUGGAGGCUGCUCUAGAUGUUUUGAAGGAUCCAUUGGACAGACCCAAUGUGGAAUUCUGAAUCCUUUCUUGUGAUCAAAGUCCUGCAAAAUGACAGAUAUGCCUCACGUUUCAAAAGACUGCUGGUGGGAAACCCUCUUUACUCUAAGAUCUAAUAACAAAUAUUUAAUUUCACCUCUUUAACAAAGGUGUCAACAUCACCCUAUUCUCAUUGUAGUGUCCUGUGAGGAAGAAGUCACAAAGAGUAUAUUAGAAAAGGCUAUCAGAGUUGAAGGAAUUCCCAGACUCUGCUCUGCAGUUCUGAAUUAGUAACUCUGAUCUGCCUAAAGGUUUUCUGGUGUGUGGCAUAGCCAGGGUUUCUUCCAAGCUAGACUAGUUUUAAUUCUUCAUAGUUCCUUCACUUUUUAGUUUAAGCCUAGAUUUCCCCCUGUCUUCUCCUUGGAUAGCCAAGUGAUGUGUAACAUCUCUGUUACUCUGCCCUAACUGUAAAUGUUAAAUUCCAUUAUGAAUCUGGACCCAUGUUCAGAUGAGGAUUAACCCAAGGAAUACUGCAGUCAAGGGAGCCAAGUUGUCUCUGAAUGAAUCCAUCAAAGGCCUUCUGUACAGAGUUAGGGAUCUCCCCCCAUUUCUGUACCUCCUUAUUCUGAAACAUUCUAAAUCCAAUGAUUUUUUUUCUGGAUUAAUUAGAUUUGGUCUCUAUUUGUGUUGCGGAGAGUUUCUUUUGCCCAUCCAUAAGUUUCCCUGCCAUAAUUAAUUUACAUCCAAGCUUACUGGAAGAGCUUUGUUUUUCGAGGGUUUGCAACGUUUUUUUCUUUGUAUAUCUUUCUCCCGAACAGUCAGCAAUAAUAUAUUCCAUAAGUAAGGUUUCUGCAGCAGCCACUUAGUCCAUUUUUGUGUGUAUAGAACCUACUGAAGUAUAGUUCCUAAUUCAAAGUGUGUCUUUUGUCUCAUCUUUUAAAACUCUGUUUGUUGCCUAUAUGCAGGUCUGACCUUCCUUGCACAGGAAAGAGGGUUUGUUUAGUGUGUGUGUGUGUUGGGGGGUGGGGUGUUGGAAAGGAAAAUGUUACGGUCUACAUUCGAUGUUCAUGUUCUGCCCUUGAACUGUGGUCCUUAUUUAGCAAAUACAUCUGAGUACAUUAAUGCAUAUUGAUUCUGCCUAUUGCUAAUUGUGAAACAAUGGUACCUCGGUGCCUCAGGGUAGCCUGAUAUAGAUGGUUAGAAGAAACGUACUUUGGGGGUUGGAUCGAGGGAAAGGAAAUGGAGGCAAGGCACUGGCAAUCUGCAGUGUCUCUGGAGUAAUAAGCCAAGUAUAAUGCAAAAACAUGUCAGUAAGUGGCAUUGCAUGAGUUUUUUUUUUAAGGAUGUCUCGAUACGAGUAGAGUUCCCAGCCCCUGCCCACCAAAUGGCCAUUACCUUCGUGAGACAUCCUCAACCUGGCAGUGUCCAGACGUAUUGGACUACAACCACUAUUACCCCCAGCCAAUGUGUCCUUUAGAUUAGUUAUUUUCAAACUGAGGCAUUUGACGUUCAAUGUUACUCUGGAGAAAAGUUUAUUAGUCCCCAACAGUUUGCUCGGUUUAAUCAACUUUUUUGAGCACCUUUCUGCAUCUUCUUUGUAAUGAAUGUUGCUUUUCCCCCAUCACCUCUUCUGUGACUUCAUAACGUCACCUCGACUCUUCUUCGGACUAGGGUUUGGUGAUUAUGGGUUUUUUGGUGUGUGUUUUUUAACAAAACUCUUUUUAAUAUACACAUGACUUAGAAUUUUGUGUUCGGGAGAGAAUGCUGCUGAAUCCGUUCCGUCUUUUCCUAUUUUCAAAGCCUGCACAUAGUCUCUUUUUGUGUGUGUUUGUCUAUAGUGCACAUAGGUUCAAAGAAUAUUCAAAAAGCUGGCUAAUACUUUGCUAAGGCAUUAUGUAUCUUUUCAAUGCCUCCGCUUAAAUCUGUCUCCAGCAAUUUGCCUCACAUUAACUCUUCCUAGUUAUGAAUGUGGCAGGGAACUGAAGCUUCUCCCCUAAGAAAAAUAAGUGUUAUCUUCCCUUAAUGGACACAUCCAACCUCUCUUUUCCCGACCCUCAAUAGCCAUAAUACUGUGCUUGUAGCACAGUCUUUCCAAACUCUAUGAAGGGCACUCUAGUAUUCUAAGAAAUUAGAAGCUCUUGUGAGGUUCUGGACAACACCUCAUUCUAGUCACCCUCAGAUGAGGAAAUUCUUCCAUGCCUCUGCAUUGGCAUUGACUUACCAGCUCCAGAAUUCAAUAACCCUUAUAUUGGUGAAGUACUUUGGUCUUUACAGCCUAAAGAGCAAGUAUUCCCAGUCUAAGAGUUAACUGUGUCUCCAAUUCAAAUUUCAGGAGAAGGGUGCCUUAGCUUUUUCUGAAGUCCCAGGGAGCCCCGCAGUAGUGUGAGAGAGGAUGGUGGCCACCACUUGUCAUGCUAUUUUUAAGAGGGGCACUACUUGGCAGGACUCAGGGGAAAUCACAGGGGCAAAGGUACACUUCCUCUGCUGUCGAUUUUUCUUGUUUAAUGAUAAUGAAACCCAAGGGAUAGUCAAAGUGGGGAUUGUCUUCCAUUUUGUUGAACAAAGAUGGAAACCAUUUCAUUUGUGUAUGUGUGUGUGUAUACACACAUGCACACACACAAACAAGUUGCAAAUUCUAAUUAUCACUACCAUAGGUAAGUAAAUGCUGCUGGUUUAGGGGUUAUGUAAAUUUCAGGAUCUUUUUCUGCCACUGAAAGUUUUAUGCAAAUUGCAGAGUUCUGCAAUUUGUGGACAGCAACCCCCAUGGUACCUCACCAUUGGUUUGAGUUGCAUACCAACAGCAUCUGGAGGGUCACAAGUUGCUGACCUAUAGCUUACAUCCUUGCAAAUGUUGGCUGGUUCAUUAACUGAUAGUCUUACCUAUUUUGAGUGCGUCAUUCUCUAAAAACACAAAAACAAAGUAAUGUGAAUUAGUCUUUUUUUUAAAAAAGAAAGAACUCUAGUUUAAUUACUCUCUAGACAAAUGCAGAUGUUUUGGCCCUAAACCCCUAUUUCCCACUGAUGCUGUCUCUGUCGCAGUUUCUAGGUAAAAGCACACGAGCAGUUAAUAAUGUCUGUAGGGGAAAGUGUAUUUUAAACCAUCCUGUUGUCUAAAUGGAUUUACGAGGGCUGAAUGUUCCAUGAAGCUUAACACUUCCAUUUCACCCGGUUUUAGAAACAUGAUUGGGGAAAUCCAUAAUAGCUUGUUUUCCUAGUCAAGCAUUCUUUCAUCUCCAUGGACUGUUAAAAAUGGGUGUGCCUUACCCAAUUAUACCAGCUCCAUAAUCCUAAUGGUUUGGGUGGGGGGACUUGAGCAGGACAGCAACUUUAGUUCCUUUAAAGACAACAACAACAACAACCCUGAUUUAUUAAACAAUCCUAUAAGUUGCUCUUAAGAUUAUACUUCCCCCUGGAGGAACCAGGGACCCGUAUUCCUUUCAAAUAAAACAACUAGUGAGUUAAAGGCCCCUUAUGAAAAAUUCUUGUUGGCGUCACUGAAAGUCUUGCUUGCAAAAGAGAGAAAGAAAAACAACAAUAAUGUGUUUUGUCAUAUAGUUUUGAUGAAUAAGUUAAUCUUGCAAACACAGAAAAUGCAUGUAAUGUUUGGGGAAAGGACCCAGAAUGAGGAGUAAAGGCAGCCAGUGGGUAGUGUGUGGGAUUUUAGAGACAUGGUGAUUUGAAGCCAGCAAAGGUGUCUUAAAAAACAUUAUGUAAGAGACCUACCUACCUCACAGGACUGGUGUGAGGUGGAAAGGCGAACAAGAAGACAUUUGGGUACACACUCUGAGCCAUGAUAGAAGGUGGCUGAUAGCUAAAUGUACUGAUGGCUGGAACAAUCGUCCAGAAUAUGUCCUUGAAAAAAAGCAGUGAUUUGCCAUGGUGUCUCUUCCCUGUGAAUUGUUUCAAUCUUUUUUUAGAUCAAUGGCGACUCUGACUUGGUUCUGGCAUAAGUUCUCAGAUACCUGCUUAAUACUGUCAGCCUUACCCAACCUGCUCCCCCCACAAAGUGUUGGACUGCAUCUCUCUCUAUUCCAAGCCAUGCUGGAUGGGAGUGAUGGGAGUUGUAGUCCAACAGCUCUGGAGGGUACCAGUUUGGGGAAGGAUGGUCUGAUUUAAUAAGCAGAGGGUCUUUGCCCAUGUCUUUCUUCCUCCAGCCUUGAUGGCACAAGGUUGCUGUAAUGGAAAUGUCAGGAUUUGAAUCAGGGACUGUGUUCUUGCUCUUUUCCAAUGAGUUACAGAUAUUCCUGUGGCUUCUGCCAGAACUUUGACAUGUAUCUGGAAAAGAUGUCAGAAGCAAGCCCUCAACAAACCCAUGCCAAUAAUUCAGACAGCCAUUCUAACACCCUCCUCAGGAUCUUAGCACCAGGGUGAAACUACAGCAUAAUCCUAGGUCUUGAUGUGUUUGUAAAUGAUCCUGAGAAGCCAACAAGUAAAGUAUAUGCUUAAAAUAAAAACAAAACAAACCUAAGCCAGACAUAAGAGUUUUUUGCUGCUUCACUUGCAGUUUCCCUUACACAGGUUUAGGGAAAAUAACUCCAAGUACACCAUCAUGUGUAAGGCAGUACUUGUGUCUGUCUUGCCGUGUGGGUUGGGGAGCAGCCAUUGAUUGCUGAGGAGUUCUUAGCAUUCCAGUACAUGGUAAAAUGAACUCAAUCUUCAGACAUGGUGGCAUGCCCAUUGCUUGAGGAGUCGUCCCCCCCACCUGCCUCCCCGUAUCUGCAUAGGGCAAAAGUAAUGUAUGAAGUAUCUCCAAAUCUCCUUGUAACUUGGGCUCAGGUGGUCUUUAGUUGGGUUGACCUAGUUGUGUCCAAGCUUCCUUCCCUCAGGGAGCCCUUUAUACAUUGGAAUGAUGGCCGCGGAUGGACCUCUUGUAUUUCUGCGUGCAACUCACUAUUCCGGAAGAUGUUGAUUGCAGUGCAAGCUUAGCUUAUUGGGCGUUCUCCUUGUACGAUGAAAAUGGAGACUAUACUCUAGAACAGCGGGGGACAGCUUGUGGGUCCUAAAGGUAUUUUGGCCUACGACUCCCAUUCGCCCUAGCCAGUAUGGCUAGUGGUAAAGGUUGAUGUGAGCUGUAGGACAAAACAUCUGGAGGGCCAUAAGUUGCCCAGCCCUGCAGUUGAAUGAGCCCAGGACUCCCCUGCCAUGAAUUGGAGGGAAAAGAGUGGUAAUACUGUGUCUGCUAUCUUUUGGGGGUAACUGCCUGUUAUUACUGAUCUUGGUGACAAUGCCCUGAUAUUAAGCUCAGGUUUCUAGGAACACGGUUUAAAAACCAUUGGGUUAGCCGUUGGCUAAGUAUUGUAAAAUAAAAUGCAAGCCAUUCAUCCUGGCAAAAUAAGACAUCCAAAUCAUUUAAAGGUCUUCAUAUUAUUUUAACCCUUUUCCUGAAUUUUCUCUGUCACCUCUGCAUUUGGGGUAACUUUUUAUCUAAUAAGAAGUGUGGUUUAAAAGGAGCUGUCAUAUGGUGCAGUUAUCCAAAACUGGUCCUAAAUAUAUGGAUCUUAUUUCAAAACUGCAUCUCGUUUCCAACAAGUCCACUGAAAGGGGGGCGGUGGGGUGGAGAGAAAUGGCAAUGUUUACUUCAGUAUGUUGCCGGCUGUUAAAUGUUCUAUGUUUGUGAAAUCUGGCCUUUUAUACACCAAUGUGAAUGGAUAUUAACACAAUUUAACUGUUGUGUGUUUUGGAAGUACAAGCCAUUUUACAGGAGAGGAAAAACAAUUAAAAAGGUAUUCCAGUAUUA